CGAACAGACUCCAUUUCCCGGCGGGCGUUGCGCGGCCAUUUGCCGGCAGUCCAAUGGCGGCUUCCGGCGCGGCGCCUUUUGGGAGCUGUAGUCGUCUCUCCGCCCGGGCGCUGUGGACGGCGGGAGUCGGGCGAAAUUCCCCUUCGCUUCCACGGCAGCCAUUACCCGCCGCCCAAGCCCGGACCGCGAGGCGCGCCUCGCUUGGCGCUGCCCUACUCCCUCCCCCUCCCUUCGGGCGGGCGGCGUUGCCAUGGCGACGGUCGCGGCCUAGCGGGCUUUUUCGCGCUCGGGGAGCGCGGCCUAGUUCGACGAGCUAAUUCUCGGCCUCGCGUGCCGGGCGGGUGGACGCCAUGUCCUUAGUGGCGUACGCCAGUAGCGGCGAGGAAGAGGAGGCGGCGGCAGAAGAAGAGCAGGAGGAGGAGGAGGAGGAAGCGGCGGCGGCGGCGGGGGGCCGAGGGCGCGGCGGACUCUUCUCCUCUCUGCCGCCCCCCAAGGGCAGGCCCGGCCCGGCCUGGCUCCCCGCCGGCCCCGCGCCUUCCCCCCCGCCGGCGCCCGAGCCCGCCCUCCCGCCGCCCAAGGCCAAGAAGCGGGCGCAGCCGGUCAGGAUAGCCGCGCCGCAGCUGCGGUCGCCCGACUCAGAUUCCGAGGAAGACAGUGAGCCAGCAAAGAAGCCUUUCCAGGGCCACAGUGAGGGGUCCGGCUUGUCCGCGUUGCUUCCUCAGCCCAAAAACCUGACUGUCAAGGAGACAAACAGGCUGCUUCUACCUUACGCUUUCUCAAAGAAAGUGUCGGAGAACUCCCAGCAGGAGCCAAAACCGGCUAAAGUUCCAGCAUCCACCUCCAAGCCCCCAAAGGCGGCGGCCCCCUCUGCCACGGCCACAACAACUCCCUCUCCGUCCGCCAUCAAGGCAGCGGCUAAGAACGCCGCCCUGCAGGUGACCAAGCAGAUCACCCAGGAGGAAAACGACAGCGAUGAGGAGGUGGCUCCUGAGAACUACUUCUCCCUGUUGGAGCCACCCACCAUCACCCCUGAGCCCUUUGUGUACUCAGCGGACAUCUUGACGGAUGACCUGCCCCCUGGGACAGAGCCGUCCCCUGAGCCCGAGGGCCAGGGUGCUGCUGCCAAUGCCCCCUUGGAGUUCAAGACUUCACCAGGAGCAGCAAGCUCUCAAGCAGCCCAUGGAUGGGCACCAAAGCCUGGAGAAGACUAUGGCAGCCAGCUGUACAGCCAGUAUCCCGGCAUCACCAGCGGUUACUAUGAGGAUUACUACAGCACUGGCUACUCUUUGGAAUCUGCUGACCCAGCCCUGGGACCCCCCCCGGAAAUGAGCAGUGACGUUUCUUCUUUCAUGGAUGAUGAAGCGUUCAAGCGUCUCCAAGGCAAACGGAACCGUGGGCGGGAAGAGAUCAACUUUGUGGAGAUCAAGGGGGACGAUCAGCUGAGUGGAGCCCAGCAGUGGCUGACCAAGUCCUUGACGGAGGAGCAGAACAUGAAGUCCUUCAGCAAGAAGAAAGGUGAGCAGCCCACCGGGCAGCAGCGCAGGAAGCAUCAGAUCACAUACCUGAUUCACCAGGCGAAAGAGCGGGAGCUGGAGCUGAAGAACACGUGGGCAGAAAACAAGCUCAGCAGGCGCCAGACGCAGGCCAAGUAUGGCUUCUAGGCCGCCCUGUCUGUAGCCAGCUGGCCCAGCAGUCGGCCCCGGCCCCGGUACGUACUGCGUGAGGGCUCAGGGCCUGUCUGUGGCGGUGGUGCUCGAAGGCCUGUCGAGGGAAGGGCCACCCUUGCUGUUUGCUGUUUCGACCACAAGCGGGAUCUGGAAGGGCUUGUCUGUGGGGCGGCGGCUGCUGCUGCUGAAGGGACUGUGGCCUGGCGCAGCUGGCUUAGCGGGUUGGACUGUGGCGAGUGCCGACUGCCCGUCUUCUGCCUCCAGACAGUUUCCUGCAGAUGAGGACUGAAUGUCAGGCGGAGCCCUGCCCUGCACCCUUCCCGGUGGGAUUGCUCUCUGGAAGGAAGGAGUGGCGAAGAUGUGGCGCCUGGCUUUUUUGCCCCCCUCCCCCCCAAACGCCUUUUGUGUUUUUCACGUUCCGGGCCAAGCUUCCCCCUCGAGGAACGUCCUUGUUUUUGUACGGUAGCAGCAUCAGCAGCUUCGUUCCCCAUCCAGUUUUGAAAACUGCUCUGGCCCCUUCCUGGACCUCCAUUUCUCAGCGGCCUCGUUCAAGGUUCUAGGGUCAAAUGCUCAUGGAAGGUGAUUUAUCCCGGAGCCACCGAACACUGCCACCGUUGCUACGUUUUGGGCAGAGGGGCUCAGCAGGCUCCAGUGAUUCGAGUGCGUUCUCUCACUUCUGGGUUGUUGUGGCCUCUUCCUUUGCCUUUCCUUCUGCAUAUCACACACCUGUGGGGGAAAAGGGCCUCGUUUCUCUCCAUAAAGUCUAGGCUGGAAGACCCCAGUGGCCAGGCCGUGGCCGUCUGCCCACGUGUGCCGUCUCCCCCUUGCUUGCCCUGCCGCCGUGGGCUCUGUGGAACUCUCCCUCGUUUCUGCUCUGCAGCUGAUGCGGCACUCAGUUGCUUUGUGUCCUGCUGUUCUGGGGAGGGGGGUGCCCCCAUUUGUGUCCCUUGGGGAAGGAGGACCACCCCCCACCCCGAUUGCAGAGUCCUGAGUGAGCGACGUCUGUUUUGGGGUUGGUUUUUUUUUUGUUUUAAAGCCAAUUUCUAGUCUAUUUCCCAGGACAUUUUAGUAGAAAAAAUAUUUCUUUUUUUGAGAAUUCCAAAAAUAAAGUACUCAUUCAAUAA